AUGCAGCACACAACUAUAUCUGACAUCACAACAACAGCUGAUGCAACAACAACAACUUUGGCUACCACAAGCACCCCUGAAACAUCCUCAACUGUUGCGCCAUCAUCAACAACUGUUGCAGCAACCACAACUAUAUCUGACACCACAACAACAGCUGAUGCAACAACAACAACUUUGGCUACCACAAGCACCCCUGAAACAUCCUCAACUGUAGCGCCAACAUUUACAACUGAUGCAGCAACCACAACAAUAUCUGACACCACAACGACUAUUGGUGCAACAACAACAACUUUGGCUACCACAACCACCCCUGAAACAUCCUCAACUGUAGCGCCAACAUCGACAACUGUUGCAGCAACCACAACUAUAUCUGACACCACAACAACAGCUGAUGCAACAACAACAACCUUGGCUACCACAAGCACCCCUGAAACAUCCUCAACUGUUGCGCCAUCAUCGACAACUGUUGCAGCAACCACAACUAUAUCUGACACCACAACAACAGCUGAUGCAACAACAACAACUUUGGCUACCACAAGCACCCCUGAAACAUCCUCAACUGUUGCGCCAUCAUCGACAACUGUUGCAGCAACCACAACUAUAUCUGACACCACAACAACAGCUGAUGCAACAACAACAACUUUGGCUACCACAAGCACCCCUGAAACAUCCUCAACUGUUGCGCCAUCAUCAACAACUGUUGCAGCAACCACAACUAUAUCUGACACCACAACAACAGCUGAUGCAACAACAACAACUUUGGCUACCACAAGCACCCCUGAAACAUCCUCAACUGUAGCGCCAACAUUUACAACUGAUGCAGCAACCACAACAAUAUCUGACACCACAACGACUAUUGGUGCAGCAACAACAACAGCUUUGGCUAGCACAACCACCCCUGAAACAUCCUCAACUGUAGCGCCAACAUCGACAACUGUUGCAGCAACCACAACUAUAUCUGACACCACAACAACAGCUGAUGCAACAACAACAACCUUGACUACCACAAGCACCCCUGAAACAUCCUCAACUGUUGCGCCAUCAUCGACAACUUUAGCACCAACACCGACAACUGAUGCAGCAACCACAACUAUAUCUGACACCACAACAACAGCUGAUGCAACAACAACAACUUUGGCUACCACAAGCACCCCUGAAACAUCCUCAACUGUUGCGCCAUCAUCAACAACUGUUGCAGCAACCACAACUAUAUCUGACACCACAACAACAGCUGAUGCAACAACAACAACUUUGGCUACCACAAGCACCCCUGAAACAUCCUCAACUGUAGCGCCAACAUUGACAACUGAUGCAGCAACCACAACAAUAUCUGACACCACAACGACUAUUGGUGCAACAACAACAACUUUGGCUACCACAACCACCCCUGAAACAUCCUCAACUGUAGCGCCAACAUCGACAACUGUUGCAGCAACCACAACUAUAUCUGACACCACAACAACAGCUGAUGCAACAACAACAACCUUGGCUACCACAAGCACCCCUGAAACAUCCUCAACUGUUGCGCCAUCAUCGACAACUGUAGCGCCAACAUCGACAACUGAUGCAGCAACCACAACUAUAUCUGACACCACAACAACAGCUGAUGCAACAACAACAACUUUGGCUACCACAAGCACCCCUGAAACAUCCUCAACUGUUGCGCCAUCAUCACAACUGUUGCAGCAACCACAACUAUAUCUGACACCACAACAACAGCUGAUGCAACAACAACAACCUUGGCUACCACAAGCACCCCUGAAACAUCCUCAACUGUUGCGCCAUCAUCGACAACUGUAGCGCCAACAUCGACAACUGUAGCACCAACAUCGACAACCGAUGCAGCAGUCACAACUAUAUC